AUCCAGACUCCAGCAGAGGAAGUAUAAAUCUGGAGUCUCCACAAACAACCACAGACUGACUUUUUCACAGGAUUUGCCAUGCCGGUCAAUCCAGCAACCCCUCCUGAAGCGGAGACUGCUCUCCCCCCAGCAGACACUGUUCCCAGCACCCCUGAAGCUCCUGCUGCUGAAACUACUGCUCCAGAAGUAGCCCCUGCUCCAGCAGCCCCUGCUGCUUCUCCUGAAGCUUCACCUAAGGCUCCCUUAAGUCCUCCUCAAAACCUCACUGUACAUGAUGUCACCAACACAUCUCUUACCCUCAAAUGGAGCACCCCAGAGAGUGCUGUAGACUCUGGACUGGAUGGAUACUGCGUGGAAUACUGCAAGGAAGGAGCGUCUGAAUAUGUGGCUGCUAACACAGAGCUCAUCACAUCCAACCUGUUUGUGAUUAAGAACCAGACCACAGGAGACUCACUGAACGUCCGUGUUGUGGCUGUGAGGGCCGGGGAGCGCAGUGAGCCUGCAAGCCUCCCCAACCCAAUCACCAUCCGCGAGGUCCCGGAUCAUCCAAGAAUCCGCUUGCCUCACUUGCUCAGAUCACGAUAUAUCAAACAAGCUGGAGAUCAGAUCAACCUUGUCAUCCCUUUCAGUGGACAACCCAAGCCUAUGAUUACAUGGACCAAGAAUGGUCAGCCGUUGGAUGUAAAGAAGGUUAAUGUUCGUAACAGCGACAAAGACAGCAUCCUCUUCAUUCGCAAAGCUGAGAGAGACGACUCCGGCACGUACCAGAUGACUGUCAAGAUUGAUAGUUUAGAGGACAAGGCAACCAUUGUAAUUCAGAUUGUGGAACUCCCUGGUCCUCCUACCAGUGUGAAGUUGGUUGACUCAUGGGGUUUUAACGCUGCUCUGGAAUGGACUCCACCCAAAGACAAUGGAAAUACUGACAUUACUGGCUACACUGUUCAAAAGGCUGACAAAAAGACUGGGGAGUGGUUUACUGUACUAGAGCACUUUCACAGGCUGAACGCCACUAUCUCUGACCUCGUCAUGGGAAAUUCUUACAGCUUCAGAGUCUUCAGUGAGAAUGUGGUUGGAAGGAGCGAGACUGCUGCUGUAACUAAAGAAGUUGCUAAAAUUCAGAAAACAGGUACUGUCUACAAACCUCCACAUUAUAAAGAACAUGAUUUCAGCGAGGCCCCCAAAUUCACAGCAUCCCUAAGUGACAGGGCAGCCACUGUCGGCUACACCACCAGACUCCUGUGUGCGGUCCGGGGCUCCCCUAAGCCUAAGAUUGAAUGGAUGAAAAACCAGAUGAUUAUCGGAGAUGACCCAAAAUUUAGGCAGAACAGCAACCUUGGAGUCUGCUCACUAGAGAUCCGCAAACCCAGCAGCUUCGAUGGAGGUGUCUACACCUGCAGGGCCAAGAAUCCUUACGGAGAGGCUACAGUGGCUUGCAAACUGGAGGUUAAACAAGUGGUCGUUCCAACGGAGGAAGCCAAGAAAUAGGCUGCCGACUUCACAGCUGACUUUACUGAGGGGGGGAAUAGAAAAAAGUCAAAUAUUAAACAUACAGUGAAGUAUUUAUAUAUGAGAUAAAUAAACAAAUAUGCUCCUCACAUGAUUACACACUUCUCCGACUAACAUAUUUGACUAUUUGUGAGCAACAAAUACACAGCUAAGACUUCUUAGUACAUGUAAAUGAAUCUACUGUGUUAGAGAAAGGCCAUUAUUGUAGUCCUGCUGCAUGUGUGUUGGUUAUGUUGUAAUUUUGUCUGUAAUCUUUUUGAAUGUUUGUCAUGUUCAUCUGAGCCAAUAAAUAAGGCCAGUCCUUCAUCUGUGCCAAGUCAAAGCAGGUCUGAAGGGCAGGUGAUCCAGACUUU